AUGGAUGAAAAUCUAAAUGUUGAAGAACCACCACCUACAAAUCGUCGAUCUGUUCGAUCAUGUCGUUUAUCAAUUGUAAAACCCAAACCAAGUAUUGAAAAAAAAAUUGAAGAACCUAUUCCAAUUGAGGACGAAAUCGAACAAGAAGAUCCACCUGAUAUAUAUCAAAUAGGAGAUAUUUUCUGGGUACGUGUUGCAGGUAAUCCAUGGUGGCCUGCACUUAUUUAUGGUUCAUAUUAUGAAGAUAAUAUUCACACGAAAAUACUUAAAACUAAUCAUCGAGGAAAGAAACGUUCAUAUUUUUUGUAUUUUUUUGGUCCUACUUUUGAAUAUAUAUGGACAGCUGCUAAUUUAUUAGUACCUUAUUCUGGUUUAGAUGAAUUUAUUCGUCAUGCUGAAACAUCUGUACAAAAUGCAACAACAAAAGGUGAACAAGAAGCAUUAGCAAAUCGUUUUGAACUUAAAGUAGCUGCAAAUAAACGUGCUCAAUGGGAUAAAGCAAUUGAAGAAGCUGAUCAAGCAUUUAAAUUAACUCGUGAAGAUCGUAUAAAAAAUUUUGAUCAAAUUUUAAAAAAGAUUUUAAGUAAAGCAGAAAAAAAUAAAUCAAACAAACGAAGACAUUCUUCUGUCGCUACAACAGGACAAACAAGAAAAACUUUAUCACCAUCUGCAGAUAAAACAUCAAAUCGUUCAUCAGUCAAAAGACAAAAAACAAAAUUAAUGCCAACAUCAUCACCGCCAACAUUAUUACAUGUUGGUUUACCUACAUUAACAAAACGAGAAGAAAAACGUCUUGUAACUGAUCUUCUUAAUCAUUCUAAAAAUGAAGAAUUAACAUUGAAUGAAGCUUUAUCAUUUACUUGUCAAUUAGUAACUAAUAUAGUUAAAGAAAAUUCUCAUUAUGAUAUGUCAUGUGUACAAAUUGAAUGGUUCUAUGAUUUUCUUCAAAAAUAUCCAGAUAUUAUUUUUAAAUAUUCUCAUUGGUUUAAUGAAGAUAUUAAACCAAUAGAAGAUGAUCCAAUUUAUUUCAAACAAUGUCAAAUAAAAUCUCUAAUUGAAAAUUCGAAAAACUAA